AGGAUGUCUCCCCCAUCUUAGUCGUAGUUUAGCUGUUCUAUUGUAAACUAUGUCAGAUCUAUGUUUUGCACUCCUGCAAUGUUAUGACAGUAUACUGAUUGCAGGCUUCAGUACCAUGCACUGGCAAAAGUUCCAUAUUUUAUUGAUCUAACUUGUAGCUGUACCUUUUGAAUCCUACCCACACUUGUACCGUACUAUUGAGGGAUCCGUUUACGAUUUUUUCUAUAUAAUUAUAACAUUGUUGGAGAUAGUCACGUGUUUUUGUGAUGCAAGCAUUGCUGUCUACUUGGUUACUUGAAUCAUUUGAGGGGAUGUACUCUUCCAUGUUAUCAAUUUAAUACUGAUGCUGCAGGAUUCAGCAUCAUGCACCCUCAAUCUCACUUGUUCUGUGUUUUUAGACCAUUCACUUGCUCUGUAUCUGGCACAGAUACUAUAUUUUUGAUCAUAGUUUCAGCUUGGGACAUCCAUUAUCAGAAUUGAUAUCUUUACUGUUAAUAUUUCUGCAUGUUUAAAUUAUGACCUCAUCAAUCGCCGAUCAUGACAUGCUUGUGUGUUUGCACUAUGCAGUUCCCGGUGGGACGUAUACACAGGCAGCUCAAGCAGAGGGUCUCGGCUAAUGGCCGUGUGGGUGCCACUGCUGCUGUGUACUCUGCAGCAAUCCUUGAGUACCUUACUGCCGAGGUCCUUGAGCUGGCCGGCAACGCUAGCAAGGAUCUCAAGGUGAAGCGUAUCACCCCUCGCCACCUGCAGCUUGCGAUCCGUGGAGAUGAGGAGCUGGACACCCUCAUCAAGGGCACCAUCGCUGGUGGUGGUGUCAUCCCUCACAUCCACAAGUCACUCAUCAACAAGACCUCCAAGGAGUGAAUGAAAUGCAAUAACGGGUAGUUGUUGUGUGUUGUAUCUUCGUGAUCCCUUGUUAUGUUGUGCUAUCUGUUACGUGUUGCUAUUAUCACAACCUGAAUAGGUUGUCUGAAUUUGUGAUUGGGCUAGCUUUCGGUAACUUGUUAUUAGGUAAAGACUUGGCAAAUGUAAUCGUGAUAUGGAACUGCUCAUAUUUGGUUUCCUGAAGACUAGACAACCCUUGCUAUUCGUCUUCAUGGAUAUUCAGGUUAAACUUUUUUA